AAACCACAAAGAAAAGGAAAGUUUUAAUUCUGAGAAACUUCACUGAGGAGCAAUUUUUUUUUUUGAGCUUCUAAAAAUAGAGAGGAAAUGAGCCUCUUUGGGUCACUCUAGUUGCCGCCUCCCCUGCCCCAUGCCCGCCCCCACUGCCCACUCAAGGCCAGCCUCUCACAGUGGGUGACUGAGCUGUCUUCAGUGGAAGUCUGAGGCAGAUGCCACGCAAUUCUGGAGCUGGAUACGGCUGCCCACACGGGGACCCCAGCAUGCUGGACAGCAGAGAGACCCCACAGGGGAGCCGGCAGGACAGGAUUGUGGGGACCACCCAAGAAAAAUUGAAAACCAGCUCACUGACUGACAGGCAGCCACUCUCCAAAGAGUCCCUGAACCAUGCUCUCGAGCUCUCAGUGCCAGAGAAGGUGAAUAAUGCCCAGUGGGAUGCUCCAGAGGAGGCGCUGUGGACGACUCGGGCCGAUGGGCGGGUGCGCCUGCGCAUAGACCCCAGCUGCCCACAGCUUCCCUACACUGUGCAUCGGAUGUUCUACGAGGCCCUGGACAAGUACGGGGACCUCAGCGCUUUGGGCUUCAAGCGCCAGGACAAGUGGGAGCACAUCUCCUACUCCCAAUACUACCUGCUCGCCCGCAGAGCCGCCAAGGGCUUCCUGAAGCUUGGCCUGAAGCAGGCCCACAGUGUGGCCAUCCUCGGCUUCAACUCCCCAGAGUGGUUCUUCUCGGCAGUGGGCACAGUAUUUGCAGGUGGCAUCGUCACCGGCAUCUACACCACCAGCUCCCCUGAGGCCUGCCAAUACAUCGCUUAUGACUGCUGCGCCAAUGUCAUCGUGGUCGACACGCAGAAGCAGCUGGAAAAGAUCCUGAAGAUCUGGAAACAGUUGCCACAUCUAAAGGCAGUCGUGAUAUAUAAAGAACCUCCUCCAAACAAGAUGGCCAAUGUGUACACGAUGGAGGAAUUCAUGGAGCUGGGGAAUGAAGUGCCUGAAGAAGCCCUGGACGCCAUCAUUGACACCCAGCAGCCCAACCAGUGCUGUGUGCUAGUCUACACUUCUGGCACCACUGGGAACCCCAAGGGGGUGAUGCUGAGUCAAGACAAUAUCACGUGGACAGCACGGUACGGCAGCCAGGCCGGUGACAUCCGGCCGGCAGAAGUCCAGCAGGAGGUGGUAGUCAGCUACCUGCCCCUCAGCCACAUUGCCGCCCAGAUCUACGACCUGUGGACAGGCAUCCAGUGGGGGGCCCAGGUCUGCUUUGCCGAACCCGACGCCCUGAAGGGGAGCCUGGUGAACACGCUGCGGGAGGUGGAGCCCACAUCACACAUGGGGGUGCCCCGGGUGUGGGAGAAGAUCAUGGAGCGCAUCCAGGAGGUGGCGGCUCAGUCUGGCUUCAUCCGGCGCAAGAUGCUGCUGUGGGCCAUGUCGGUGACCUUGGAGCAGAACCUCACCUGCCCUGGCAGCGACCUGAAGCCCUUCACAACCAGACUGGCAGAUUACCUGGUGCUAGCCAAGGUCCGCCAGGCCCUGGGAUUUGCCAAGUGUCAGAAGAACUUCUAUGGAGCGGCCCCCAUGACGGCAGAGACACAGCGCUUCUUCCUGGGCCUCAACAUCCGCUUGUAUGCAGGCUACGGCCUCAGUGAGACCUCAGGCCCCCACUUCAUGUCCAGCCCCUACAACUACCGGCUGUACAGCUCAGGCAAGGUGGUGCCCGGUUGUCGGGUGAAGCUGGUGAACCAGGACGCAGAGGGCAUUGGCGAGAUCUGCCUAUGGGGCCGCACCAUCUUCAUGGGCUACCUGAACAUGGAGGACAAGACGUAUGAGGCCAUCGACGAGGAAGGCUGGCUGCACACAGGCGAUGCUGGCCGCCUGGAUGCCGAUGGCUUCCUCUACAUCACUGGGCGCCUCAAAGAAUUAAUCAUCACAGCUGGUGGGGAGAAUGUGCCCCCUGUGCCCAUCGAGGAGGCCGUGAAGAUGGAGCUGCCCAUCAUCAGCAAUGCCAUGCUCAUUGGGGACCAGAGGAAGUUCCUGUCCAUGCUGCUCACCUUGAAGUGCACUCUGGACCCAGACACCUCUGACCCGACUGAUAAUCUGACUGAACAAGCUGUGGAGUUCUGCCAGAGGGUGGGCAGCAGAGCCACCAUGGUGUCCGAGAUCGUAGGGAAGAAGGAUGAGGCCGUGUACCAGGCCAUCGAAGAGGGGAUCCGGAGGGUCAACAUGAACGCAGCGGCCCGGCCCUACCACAUCCAGAAGUGGGCCAUUCUCGAGAGAGACUUCUCCAUUUCGGGUGGCGAGUUGGGUCCCACGAUGAAACUGAAACGGCUCACAGUUUUGGAGAAGUACAAAGAUAUCAUUGACUCCUUUUACCAACAGCAAAAAAUGUAAUCAGGGCCUAUGCCUGCAGUUUCUACAGAAUAGAGGGCAGGCGUUCCGAGCCUCUUCCUGAGCCCCAGGUCUCUUCAGUCUGGGCACAGGCAUUUGUGGCAAGUCUGUUAGAUCUCCAGGUCAGGGCACAGCACUGGCUCUACAUUUACCAGGUCUUACACCAACAAUAGCUGACAAUUCCGAGAAGCUUCACGUGUGGGUAGUUUUAAUUCAGUUUAAGUAUUGCUUUAUGUUCAGGUGACAAAUGAGAUCAGCUCUCCUUCCAGAACGAAAGGGCUGAUAAUUUUUGGCCUUAGUUCCAGGUAGAUUAAAAAGCUGCUAGCUCACAUACAGGACAGCCAGCAGCAGGCUGUGGAGGGGGUAGGAGAGAGAUGGCUGAUACUGCUCAUGUGUGCUGCAGGAAAAGCAAUCCGUUACAACUCACCUAGCGACCUGACUUAUUCUGGAAUCUUGGUGGACAUCGCCGACCCUAUUAUUCCAUUACCAGGCACUCCUCCACCACACACAUGCCAACUGACUUGAUGCUUAAUAAAACUGCUGCUGCCUGUUUGAUUCUAUUUAAUGUAUAAUUUGAAUAUUAAACCUUUUAACAGAACUGUCAA